AAUCGCCUCUUGAUGACGUAAGAAGACGCGACACCCACACAUGCUAACAGUCUUUCCACAACAUGGCAACAGUACAAGUUAGCGAGGCCGAAAAAGUGUACAUAUUACACGGUAUAAGGGAUGACUUACGGGUGGAUGGAAGAGGCUGUGAGGACUACAGACACAUGGAGAUAGAGACUGAUGUGGUGUCCAACACAGACGGAUCAGCUAAAGUCACACUGGGGCACACGGCCGUUCUAGUUGGGAUCAAGGCUGAUAUUGGAAAACCGAGACCUUUGGUGCCAAACGAAGGUUAUCUGGAGUUCUUUGUUGAUUGUUCUGCCAACGCAACUCCAGAGUUUGAGGGCAGAGGAGGCGAGGAGCUGGGGACGGAGCUGAGUAACACCCUCUACAAAGUGUUUAACAACAAGCACAGCGUGGACCUGAAGAGUCUCUGUAUUUGUCCUGGAGAGCACUGCUGGGUGCUCUAUGUGGACGUACUGCUGCUGCAGUGUGAUGGAAACUUGUAUGAUGCCAUCUCAAUAGCUAUCAAGGCAGCUCUCUUCAACACAAAGAUUCCCAGAGUUCGUAUAUCCACUGAUGAAGAAGGAGGAAAGGAAAUCGAGCUGUCUGAUGACCCUUACGACUGCAUGAGACUCAAUGUAGAGAACGUUCCCUGUAUCGUUACCCUGUGCAAGGUUGGCCACAGACACGUGGUGGAUGCGACCCUGCAGGAGAAGGCCUGCUCUGUGGCCAGCCUCAUCAUCUCCGUCACACACAAGGGCACCGUCACCUGCACCAGGAAGGUGGGCGGAGGAAGCCUGGACUCAGAGAGCAUCUUUGAAAUGACAGAGGCGGGGAAACGAGUCGGCAAAGCUCUCCACGCUCCGCUCAUGAAUGUGCUGCAGCAGGAGGAGCAUCUGGGAAAGAAGAAACAGAAAGUUGGCUUCCUGGGUUAAAAUCAGCUGCUCUUUCUACAGUUUAUAUUUACAUAAUUUUCUAAUAAAAUGUUGACUUUG